CCGUCGGGGGCCGGGGGGGCGGCGGGGGGGCCGCCGCCAAUCGCGGCGGGCUGCUGGCAGGGCAACGCCGUGCUGCUAAUGGGUGUUUUGCUCGGCCUCGAGGGGAGCGGGGUUUAAAAGCGGGGCGGCCAGGGGAAGGGGCUCAGAGGCGGGGAGGCAAGGCUGCGGGACGAGACGGGACUGGCGGCGAGGAGGAGUGGCGGGGGGCCCUCAGGCAGCCACGCACCCCCCCUCCACGCACCCAUGGCCGACGUGCAUCUCUCCGGCCCCCCGGCCCUGGAGCGCCUGGCGGCCCGACGGGCGCUGCUGGCCGGCCAUGACCGCAGCGCCGUCUGCAGGAGCCUCUUUGGGCCGGUGGACCACGAGGAGCUGGGCCGGGAGCUGCGGAGCCGCCUGCGGGAGAUGGGCGAGGCCGACCAGCGCCGCUGGGACUACAACUUCCACACCGACACCCCGCUGCCCCCCGCGCCCGGCCGCCUGCGCUGGGAGGAGGUGGAAGGCGGCGCCGUGCCCGCUUUCUACCGGGAGACCCUGCAGGUGGGGCGCCGUCGGGUCCCCCUGCGCCGGGCUCCCCCGGCACCGUCGCCCCCCGCCGCCGGCAAGGGGGCUCCGGGGGGGCGGCUGAGCCGGGAGAACCGCUCCGCGCCCCCAACUCCUCGCCGCCGCGCCGCCCGACGGAGCGGCCCCGCCGCCCGCAUCACAGAUUUCUUCGCCAGGAGGAAACGGCCGGCGCAGCCCAAGGCAGCGGCCGAGCGCCCCCCCGGCUGCGCGUCCCCCCCCGCCGCCGUGCCGGCUGAGCAGACCCCCCGCAAGCGGCUCCGGUGAGCCAGAUUUUUGCACUACGGCACCCACGGGAGAGGCGUGCAGCCCCGGGGGCGAGGCGCCCCCCCCAGGCACGGCCAACCGGGGCCCCCCGCCCGGCCCGGGCCCCGGAGCGGAGCCGGAGCCACAGGCGCAGCGCCCGGCCGCGCACGGAGCAGUGUUACCGUACAACUGUGCAAUGUAUUACGUUCUAUAUAGAAAUGUAUUAUGCCUAAUGUGAGUACACUGGCCAGAAGUGUAAAGCUUUAAAAGUCAUUUAUAUGAAAUGUUUAAUCUCUGCUGAGCUCUCAGUGCAAGAAAAAAAAAAAAAGGAAAAGGUGGAGGAAAAAAAGAAAAAAGCAAGUGUAUAUUUGUACAAAAACGUUUUUUAAGAGUUAUACUAACUUAUAUUUUCUAUUUAUGUCAGAAAUGUGGAUAACUGAUUGACAUCCAAUAGUCAUUUUUUUUUCUUUUGGUUAAGCCAAAGGGCACUAUAUUUGCUUUUGUUAUUUACAAAAUGUAAAUUUAUUUUUAUAGUGUUUUUUUUUGCAUUCGCAAGAUGUAGUUAUGAAUCAAAACAUUUUUUUAGACUUUACUUGAAGACAAAUCUGUUUCAAUGGUUUCUGAGCCGGUUUGUACCACUGCCAUUGCAAAUAAUGCCACAACUUCAAAUAAUAAUAAUAAAAAAAAAAUCCAGGAAA